AACUGUCAGAAUUUCAGUGACGUUUUCAUUUUGUUUCUAUUUUUAGUAACACGCGUUAAUACAACUUUCAAAGAGAAUAAUUUCGAGGAAUUUUCUUUGUUGUGAAAUCUUUAGAGUGGUCGUCUCAGGAAUAAAUUAUAUUCCAGAAAUUCAUAUUUGAAAUUUCCCGCGUUAUACAGUAUAUUGAUUCCGGUUCUGGGUUCUGCCAUUUCCCGUUUCUUCGUGAAUCAGCGUAGCAAGCACCAGAUUCAUUUGGCGAGAUUGUUUCUUUUGCUCGUGUGGGUGCUUUUUUCAAAACAGUUUAUACAAAUUUUUGUAUGAGUCAGAAAGUAGAAAAACCAGUCCUAUCAGGUCAACGCAUCAAGACCAGAAAAAGAGAUGAAAAAGAGAGGUAUGAUCCAGUAGGGUUUAGGGAUGCAAUAAUCUCUGGACUCGAUAAAUGUUCUAACGAUUUUGAAGCAAUAUCUCGAUAUUUGGACAACGCCGGAAACAAACUAGAUUAUCGUCGAUAUGGCGAAGCCCUCUUUGAUAUUCUCAUUGCUGGAGGCAUUCUGGUUCCAGGAGGUACACUGUCACAAGAAGGUGAUGGACCAUACAGGUCAGAGGCCUGCAUAUUCAAUACUCCAGAUGAAAUCAACAUGGAAAUAAUGAAGAACUGGGAACAAGUUUUUAUCAAACUUAUGCGUCGCUACAAAUAUUUGGAAAAAAUAUUUCAGGAUGAAAUCAAGAAAAUCUUGAUGUUUGUCAAGUAUUUUCAACCAUCCGAUAGGAAAAAGUUGUCUGUCAUGGUGUAUAUUUGGAUAGCUAACGGUAGCAUUCCGUUCAACGCCGUCCUUGUCCUAAACAAUUCUCAUUUGGUCAAAGACCACCUCGCGCUGGACUUUCUCAUUGACAUGUUCAAGGCGUGGCGGCAGGAAAAAGGUGUGAAUUCUCUUCACUCCGCCAUCAAGAAAUCCAAUAUCGAGUCUCACUUGACAAGUUUUAUACCCGACACUAAACAGUCGCAAUUGUAUUUUCGCAACGCCUUUCAGGAUAAUGGCUUAGAUGAAAUACUCAAAUUGUACAACGACCAGCACCAGCAGUUAGCCAAGAAGGAGCUGCAGGUGUUGCUUGCAGACAGCCUUGGCGAGAAUAAACCGCAACGUGAUAUAAUUAACGAAAUCAAGGAGAUAGCCUUGAGAGAAAACAUACAGGAGCACGAGACUGCUUGCAUCAUUUGGGCAACUAUCAUGGACAUUCCCGAAUGGUCCAAGAAAGAGGAACUUGUUACCGAACAAGCCGUAAGACACCUCCAAUACUACACGAGCCUGUUUGCAGCAUUCACGGAAUCCGCCAGGUCCGAACUGAGCCUCCUGCUCAAAGUCCAAGACUACUGCUACUCCAACAUGAUUUUCAUGAAGGCCUUCCAGAAGAUCAUCAUGCUGUUUUAUAAGAAAGACGUCAUUUCGGAACAGUCCAUUCUGAAAUGGUAUAAACAAGAUUUCAACGUCAAGGGCAAGAUGAUGUUCGUCGAACAGAUGAAAGAUUUCAUCAACUGGCUGCAGAACGCAGAGGAAGAGAGUGACUCUGAAGGUGAAAGCGAUUAGACGAUGUGGACCCUCAAUUCGGGACAUAAAAUAUCAGUGCCACCUAUCAUUGUAUAAAAACCCAAACAAAAAUGAGGUAUAACAUUUUUUCCGAUGUAUUUAAAUUAUUAUAUUGUAUAAACAUUCUGGUGCCUUACUAUGUUCGGUGUGCGGCAGGCAAUAGUUGUCCGGGGACAUGUAAUACUGACCUCUUCAAAUUUUUACUUGAAACGUAAGUGCAUAGGAAAAAAUGAUACUCGUGUAUGAAGUGUCGCCAAUAAAAGUCACAACUCGAUGUUAUAUAUUAAUGAUUUAUUGUCAAUUUUUUUAAUAUACGAGAAAAUUUUAAAUAAAGUGAGCCUCAUUUCCCA